CUCUAAGCAGCUACAAGUACAACACAACACAACACAACACACUUGUUUCUCUUGUAACCAAAUCUAUUUUGUUGCAAGUUUUUUCUUUUCUUCAAUAACCCUAUUUUUCAUAUGAAAUUUUUCACCUUCUCUUUACCUUACCCUAUAUAGAUAAAUAUGAGUCAAAGAUUAAGACAGGGUCAAGGGUUUUAGGUGGGAAAAAAAACAUCACAAAACAACACCUACCAUUUUACUACCUUUUUUCAUAUUAAAAAUAUUUCGUGUCUUUUUCAUUACCCUUUUGAUGUCGGAGAGUAACGACCGCGCCGCCACCGGUGGUGGCGGUAGUGGUUACCGGAGUACAUUUUCACGGUCAGUUUCAUGGACAGACUGUUCACCUUCAAACAGAAGGCCGCCAACACCGUCGGCGGCGGUGAAAAACAAACAACGAUCGUUGCUUCCACCGCUUCGUCCUCUUUCCAUCAACAAACGCAGCAUUGGAGAAUGGCCAAGUGCUGGAUCUGACGAUCUCGGUGUUUGGCCAGAGACACCAAGAGGAAGAGGUUCAAUCACUGGUUCAGAGUUUCAGUUCACAAGAGACAGGUUAGCUUUCUAUGACAAAGAAUGUUCCAGAAUCGCUGAACAUGUUUACCUAGGAAGCGACACAGUGGCGAAGAAUCAUGAGGUUUUAAGAAAGAAUGGGAUUACUCACGUGCUUAAUUGUGUUGGGUUUGUCUGUCCUGAAUAUUUCAAAAGUGAAUUUGUCUAUAAAACUCUUUGGUUGCAGGAUAGUCCAACAGAAGAUAUAACAAGUAUUUUGUAUGAUGUUUUUGAUUAUUUUGAGGAUGUUAGAUUACAAGGUGGUCGUGUUCUUGUUCAUUGUUGUCAAGGUGUUUCUAGAUCAACCUCUUUGGUUAUUGCUUAUCUUAUGUGGAGAGAAGGACAAAGCUUUGAAGAUGCUUUUCAUUAUGUCAAGAAUGCUCGUGGUGUUACAAAUCCUAACAUGGGUUUUGCUUGUCAACUUUUGCAGUGUCAGAAAAGAGUGGUAAAUGUUAAUUCAAAUGCUAAUGCAAAUGUUAAUGCUAUGCCUUCAAGUCCUAAUUCUGUUCUUAGGAUGUUUAGAAUGGCACCUCAUUCACCUUAUGAUCCUCUUCAUUUGGUACCUAAAAUGGUUAAUAAGCCUUGUGCUAAAGAGCUUGAUUCUCGCGGUGCUUUUAUUGUUCAUGUACCUUCUGCUAUAUAUGUUUGGAUUGGUAAAAAUUGUAGUUCUGUUAUGUGUUGUAAUGCACGAUCGGCAGCUACACAGGUUGUUCGUUACGAGAAAGCAAAUGCUCCAAUUCUUUGCAUUUGUGAAGAUGAAGAGCCAAUGGAGUUUUGGGUUGCUCUUUCUAACCAGCAAUUAUUGUUGGGGAGUUCUGAUAAGAAAGAGGUGUUGGGAAAGGAUUCUGAUGAAAGAAUGGAGAUUGAUGGUGAUGGUGUUGUUGAUAUGGGGAUUCAUCCUAGAAAAGUUGAUGAGUAUGAUUUGGAUUUUGGGAUUUUUCACAAAGCACUUGCAGGGGGUGUUGUUCCACCUUUUUCUGUAUCUAAUACAGGAUCAGAAACCUUGCUUCCUGCUAGAGAAAAUAGCUGGGGAAGACUAAGGAGGAAGCUUGCUAAUGGUAUCAUGAAAGGUUUGUUUACAUCUUCCAAAUGCUGUGAUACAACCUCUCCAAAAGAUGAAUUAAAGGUGAGUGUGGAAGAAGAAGAAAAACAACAUUCUGUUGUUGAUUCUUUUCCACCUUCCUCAAAGCAUCUUUCUGGUUCAUCUGGUUACUUAGACUAUAUUAUAGAUAGCAGCUCGGGCAAGGCAAGAGAUGGCCCUGUACUCGUUGAUCGCCUUGUUCCUAGUGUUGGGUCGUCGUUGCCACCAACUCCUCGUCGAAAAUCAGAUUCUUUUCACUGUUCUCUAAGUAACAGCCCGAAAUUCUGUUCCAAGUCGCUGACACUUUCUCCUUCCAAUUCUGAUUGUGAUAGUUCCUUUACAUUUUCGCCUGCAUCUACAAAUUGGUCUGAUUUGUCAUUCAUGUCCUCUCGGCCGCCAUCGCCUUCUUUUGGACUUGAUUCAGCUGAACAACCUUUUUAUGUUAAAGAUGCAUCUUUCUUAGAAAGAUCCUCUUCACUUCGCAAAGAUGCUGCUGUCCCUUCAUCUUCAGAGACAAUUUUGUUUAAUCACACCAUGGUAGGGAGAAAAGGGUCUAACUCUAAACCCUCCAUUGCAGAGCGCAGAGGGAGUAAACCGCCGCCUCAAAUGUUGGUAUCUUCUGUCAGCGAAUCAUCCCGUGCUCACAAAGUUCUGGUAAGAUCACAGACAUUCACUUUGCCUGCCCGAGACGAUAAUUUGAUGAAGUAGUAGUAAGCAAUCUGAUUGUAGAAACAUAGUGGGAAAUGGGUAAUAUCAGAUGCAGAUAUCAUUAGUGGUUUAGUUUACCAGUUGAAAGUGAUAUUUGCAGAGGAUCUUUGUAGUAUGAUAUAGUGUCAUGACAAUUGACAAUGGUUCAAUUUUGUUCUGUAUAGCCAUAGUUGAGCCUAUAAUUAUACUAUAUUUUUUUAGGUAAAUCUGCACUGUUGCCUGAAUGUGGGAGUAAAGCCUGCAACGCUGAGCAAUAAUAACAACAGAGGACUUGUGAAUUGCAAUCAAAUUUAAUUGAAUAUCGAGUCUAUUUUUCUA